GUAAACGAAAAAAGAAACCAAUUUCUAAAAUAAUCUAAGAGUAAGGACCAAAUUAUUCCUAUUUUGGUGAGAAAACUUGAGAAAACUAUUUUUCUUAUUAAAUACUCCGUAUAUUUUCAUAUACCAUACAUACCACCGGUGUCAUACUAGUUUAGUGGUUUGAGAGGAUUUCUUAAGAAGAAAUUGUAAUUCAAAUUUUCUAUUAGGGUAUAAUAGCCAUUCAACUUCUACAGCCCAUCGAGGCAGUGAUUUCGCCUCGCCGUCGCGCUAGCGUCGCCACCAGUCAGCAGCCUGCGUGCGAACAGGGAGUUCGUCCCAGGAGGAAGUGUAUACCCUAGCGCCGUUUUCGUCCAACAGCCGCGCUACCGCUAAAAGGGCGAUUAAUCUUCAAUUUGUAAUUUCUGACACCGGCGGGCAACGAAGUGACGGACAUAUUCAGUGGGUGGUCCGGUAGUGCUGAGACGGCGGAGGGACAGUUGGCAAUUGGUAAAAUCAAAGAAAAUGUUGUAUGUAAUUGGUUUGGGCUUAGGGAAUGAGAAAGACAUCACUUUGAAAGGACUUGAAGCGGUGAAGAAGUGCAGCAAAGUAUACAUGGAAGCCUACACUUCUCUUCUAUCUUUUGGCCACUCUUCAAAUGGCCUUUCUGCUCUGGAAAAUCUAUAUGGAAAAUCAAUUACCCUCGCAGACAGAGAAACUGUUGAAGAGAAGAUUGACAUCAUACUGUUGGAAGCCCAGUCCUCUGACAUUGGUUUCCUUGUAGUUGGAGAUCCUUUUGGAGCAACUACCCAUAGCGAUCUAGUUGUUAGAGCAAAAAAGUUGGGGGUGGAUGUAAAGGUUGUGCAUAAUGCAUCAGUAAUGAACGCCGUUGGGGUUUGUGGUUUACAACUAUACCGUUAUGGAGAGACAGUCUCCAUUCCCUUUUUCACAGAAACAUGGAGGCCGGACAGUUUCUAUGAGAAGAUUCGUGAAAACCGGAAGCUUGGAUUGCAUACCCUCUGCUUGCUAGAUAUACGAGUGAAAGAACCCUCAUUGGAAUCCUUGGCUAGAGGAAAAAAGCUUUAUGAGCCACCAAGGUACAUGACAAUAAGUACAGCAAUUGAACAACUCUUAGAAGUGGAAGAAUCCCGUGGGGAAUCAGCAUAUAAUGAAGACACUACUUGUGUCGGGUUUGCCCGUCUGGGUAGUGAAGAUCAGAGGGUGGUUGCGGCUUCUAUGAAGCAAUUGAUAACUUAUGAUUUUGGGCCUCCUCUACAUUGUCUAGUCAUUGUUGGCACUACUCACCCAGUGGAAGAGGAAAUGCUCCAACUCUAUGCUUGUUGAGAGUUUAAUUUGCCUACCGGCCGUGAAGCCGCGGCAAAAUUUUCAAUUGUUGCAACACCACCUUACAUUUUUCCUUUGUAGGUAGUUCAUCCCUAUUGAAUGUUAAUUACUAGUUUUUGAGGUUUUUCAGUUGUAGAACCUUUGUUUGUUCCUCUCUUUAGGGGAAUGUUUAUUUGGUGGACUGGUUUUGAGAUUAGAUUCUGAUGUCAUAAUUAUAACAUUGGGCAACUAUUGUGCUUGGUUUGUAAAAU